AUGGAACAGCAACUUCGUCAAUGCAAUAUUGAGUUGCAGUGUGUACCCGAACGCAAAAACGAAAACCUUAUUGAUAUUAUAACAGAACUAGGAAAGGUCAUUGGCUGUAACUUAAGCUCUAAUGACGUACUUCAUUGCACUCGCACAGCGAAGACAAAAGCGGAUACUCCUAGACCUCGCUCCGUAGUUGUUCAACUUUCCUCUAUACGGAUGCGUGAUCAGGUUAUUGCUGCCGUCUCUAAGUUUAACAAAGAUAACCCUCAAAACAAGUUGAACAGUGCUCAUGUGGGUCUACUGAGUAAUAAUAUAACACCAAUUUUUGUAAAUGAGCACUUGUCACCUACUAACAAAUCCUUACAUGCUGCGGCAAGAAUUAAAGCAAAGGAGAAAGGAUAUAAAUUCACAUGGAUUCUCAAUGGCAAAAUUUUUAUAAGGAAAAAUGAGGGUUCCCAAUAUAUUCUGAUCAAAAAUAAAAAUACGCUGGACAAUCUUAUUUAG